AGCGUGUGUGUGUGUAUUAUAUACAUGGAUAUGCAGCUUAUCAACUCAUAGCCUCUUAGCUUGUGAGAACUGUGAAGAAAGUUAAACAUGACCAUGAGCACCCAAGCAGCAGCGGCCAAAAUUCCAGUGGUAGAUUUCUCCAUGGACGGCAUGAAGCCCGGGACAAGUUCUUGGCUCUCAAUACGCGAUGACGUUUGCCAUGCACUUGAAGAGCUUGGCUGUUUCAUAGCAAUCCUGCCCAACAAACUUCCUUUGGAGGAGCUCCACAACUCCUUCGCUGGUGCAUUGAAAGAGUUGUUAGAUUUCCCCAUGGACGUCAAAGUGCGAGACAAAAAAGGGGCCUAUUUAUCUAUCCAUCCUGCCCAUGAAGGCUUGGGGGUGCUUAAUAACACCUCUGAAGAAAUUCAGAAGUUCACUCGUCAUUUUUGGCCUAAUGGAAACGAUCUUUUUUGUGAGGGUGCACUUGAGUAUGCAAAAGCGAUGGAAGAACUGGAUCAAGUUGUGACAAGAAUGGUAUUUGAAAACUACAGUGUGGAGAAGUAUCAUGAUGCUCACGUUCAAUCAACUUCUUACCAUCUCCGGUUCAAUAAAUACAAAAAUCCCAAGAAAACUGGAAUGGACGUGGGGUUAAAACCUCAUACGGACAAUAGCUUCUCCUCCAUACUCCAUCAAAAUCAGGUCUGUGGUCUGGAGAUAUGUACAAAGGAUGGCGACUGGAUAGUUUUUUAUCCUCCGCCGUCAUCUGUUCUAUACCUAGCCGGAGAUGUAUUUCAGAUUUGGAGCAACGACAGAAUACGACCUUGUAGACAUAGAGUUUCGUUGACGGAAGAUGAACAAAGAUUCUCGAUUGGUCAAUUCACAUUUAUGAAAGAGGUGGUGAGCAUACCAAACGAACUCGUGGACGAGGAUCACCCUCGACUGUACAAGCCACUGGAACAUUUAGAAUUUUUCAAAGAAGUAAAAAUCAUUGACGGUAAGGCUGACCGUGUAAUCCAGGAAUACUGUCGCAUUUGAGUUCUUUGGUCCAAGGUCCAAGCAGCUGGUUCCUCUUUUAACUUUUAUUUUCUACUAUCAUGUAUUUUCUUUUCUUUUAUUGUUUCUUCCUUUUCAGUAAAUUAGUUUGCUAUCGUUAAAUAAAGAUGUUUUCUUGCAAGAGACCAUGUAACUUAAUUUGGUAAGAACAUCCUCCUUUACAUCUGUAGUCUUGAACGACCCUUCCAACAUUGUCGCUUGUAUUAAGGAAGAAAAAAAAAGUAGUUUUCUCAAUAAAGUAUUGUCGCAUUUGAAAUGACCCAGCACACGUUGAUUUUUCAUAGUAUUGGCUCUGGUGCUUCACCGUAUAAAUCAUUUACGAACCCAAAAGGAUUGUCAAAAUUCUAAUAGCCAUUGUCAAAUUCGUCACCAUGAAUUAAAGAAAACUAAACAAAGAAGAUCAAGAUUUAUGUACACCGGAUGGAAACCAAAAGAUCGCAUACAUAUUUCUUUGAUAACAGAAUCCUUACCACCUUGACCGAAGCGUCCUCAUUUGCAUUGCAUCGUCAACAAAAGUGAUGCCUUUAUUACACUAAUAGCUAAGUCCUUCUGAAACCUAGGAUUAGAUUUCAUGUCGAUAAAUUCAACUAGACAAGCCUUUGAAACCUUUUCACUUUCAAAUUCCCUUGUUAGCCUACUCUAUUAGGUGAUUACACAUGUAGCCAGAAACGUUCUGUGUAUCUCUACCAUUUAAUGUAU